AUGGUGUACAACAAAGUGCUGCGAGCUUUAGUUUGUCGCGCUGCUGCAUAUAACCGUCCCUUCAACAGCCACGACUCCCUGCUGAUAUUGAAGUCUCUCCACACAUUGCGGUACCGCAGCAGUGAGGUAAAGGUGAUAUGUGAGAAAUGCGCCUUCGCGAUAGCCUCCGCGCACAUCUCCGUGCCGGUGGAACGUGUGAUUGAGGCUCUGAAUGCCCUCACUUCUCUUCAAGCGGGAAGUAAACCAGUGGUGUGGGAACGCUUAGCAGCGCGGUUGUUGGAAGUAACAACAAGAACUGCCUCCCCACAGGCUGUGCAAAAAGCCGCUGUGGUGGUUGUUAAACUGGGCAGGCGAUAUGGUAGAAGGGAUGUAGCAGAGCACAUAUUUGAUGUACUAAUGGAGCUGCUGCCUCUGUACCCACAGGAUGUAGCGCUGCGGCUAGCCGUCAUUAGCGUGUUUCCAUACACUGUUUCCAACAACGGCAGUGGUGCGGUAAGCAUCGGGGGACAAAUUGAGGGAAACACGCGUGUGGAUGGAGUUCUCAAUGCGGCCCUCCACUUAGUUGAGACUGGGACUCUUCGUACUGUGCGAGGUAACAGUGCACUACAAGCGCUCCACAUGUAUCCUGUUAUAGCGUGGUGUUGGAAGGAGUCGGGCAUCCACGGCUGUCAAGUAGGCGAUGAAUUAGCCAAUCCCACAGGCGGUAAAAAGCAGGGUCUGUGGGCAGAUCCAUGGGUGAAAGUGAAGAAUGCUUUUUUUGAAGAUCUACGUUUACACACCGUCGUUCCAGGCGGUUAUGCUCAGUUUCUGCACGACUUCCUUUCGUCAUGUGCCAGAAAGGGCGAUCAAAGUAACGACUACCAAUUCACCCUUAAACUUCUCGGUGUGGCCCUGCACAGGGACUUCAAGAGGGCGUUGAACUCAUACGACGUGGCCAAAAUGGCGACUGUAGUAAGCGGUGAGGUUCAGAGGCACGGCAGGUAUUUGGAAGAAACGCAAAGGGGUGAACAGAAGGAUCAAGGGGUUGUGCCUCCAAGAGACGAAAUUAGUAUGAUGUUGCUUCGAGUUGUGGAGAGCCUUGUAGAACAAGUGCAGUUCUUUUACAAUACUUCUUGGUCAUGUCGAAACCAAGUCGGUAACACUGGCAAUCGUGUCGACCAAGUGGUCAUUGGUGCUGUGUGGGGAGCGGUGCAGAAGUUGGUUUGCACUCUUCCCGUAGAACCAACAAAGGUGAAGGCGCUGAUGGAAAUGCUGGUCGGCCUGACCAGCGACACGGCUGGUGAUCUUCAGAGCGUAUGGUCGUGGGUGUUCUACUCCAUGAGUAUGUGUGCGCGCACCCCUGUGUUUACAGAAGAGCUUAGUCAGGCGGCUAAGAAGGUUGUGAAGGAAUCUUCCAUUCUUCGGAACGGAGAUCACAUGUUUGAACGCCAUCCGUUCACAAUGCGAUCUGCCGUCCAGGCCCUCUACGCGGUUGCGUUGUGGGUGCCGGAUGGGGUGACAAAAAAGGGUGCAGGAGAAAAACAAAUCAAUGAGGGUAAUCCUACUCACUGGGGUCCUGCGCAGUUGCUAGCGGAUAAACUGGUGAAGCAACUGGAGCAGUGCCGCUACAAGGAAUAUCUCGCGGAUGACCUACCAAUGCUUCUUCGAGCUCUUGUCAACCUCACCGAAGCCGGCAUCCUUGAGCCAAAAGAGCAUUCGUCGGCGCUCAAGUUGGUUGAGAAUGUGCUGUAUUAUAUGAAAGGCUUACGCGAUGAUGGGUGGUGCCACAGGCAUGGUAUUAACGUUUGUUGCAGUCUUGUGUCACUUGGUGAGUAUCUACUCGGCAACGAAUUGGUGACAGACGUUGUCAAAUAUCUAGCGAGUGGAAUGUCCGUUUCUGUUCCCGAGAACCUCGAAGAGCUCCGCCGACUAUUGAGGUGCAUGCUCUCACUUAAGCAUAGCGUCCCUCCUGCCGCAACCGAUGCAACGACGGGCCUCAGCAGUAGUUCUGUAACACUUUUUAAAGCCGUCGCUGACUGCAUCCUUCCAGUUGUGGUAGAAACAGUGCAGCGCAUCUGUGGUGCCAGUAAGAGUAAUAGCACGGGAAAGAAUAUUUCUCUUGCUCUCAGCGUUACUGAGCUCGCUUCCAAACUUGGAGCCACUCUAACAUUCACGUUUUCUGCUAACAAAGUCGGCGAAAUCGUUGCCAACGGUGAUUUAUGCUCGUCACGAACGGUCGUUGAGCUAAACGUCCCCGCUCUACUUGAAAAGGUUCAGAUGACAGCAGCAGAUUCAGCACAUAUGCUUUACUUGAUUAGCUUUGCUUUGAGUAGUGUAACCGUCUCUCAGAAAAUGUGCAGAGAGUCCAAAUCGUGCAUACUACGGCUUCGUCAGGCCGCCAUUAGCGAUAAACCACCAGGUAGCAUGCGCGUGGAGACCUUAGUGCACCUACUUCGAGCAAAUGCUAAGCUGCCAGUGUCUAAGAUUCUGUUUGAUGAAAGGGAUCUCCUGACCAUAAUGGAGGCUGUGUGUUACCAUCUAACGUCCUAUCGCGAAAAAACAGCGGUGUUGAAACGUGGCGGAGAUGCGGAAAGGGUCGUGCACGCGCUGGUCUACUCGCAGGUGCUUCUGCGGCUGAAGCGUACCCUGAAGAGUUACGCAGGUUUGAUGGAGACAGUGAGUGACAUACUCAGUAAGAUGGAAGCGGAGCAAACGGAAACGCCCGAGACAUUGUUUCAGCUGCGUCUGUUAUGUGAUGCUGGGGAGAUUGUGUGGUGA